ACAAAAUCCAUCUCGAUGUAUCUCAUAGCAUUUCAUCGGUCAAUUAUCAUCAUGCACGAGCAACUUCACCGAAUUGCCGCCUUUAUCAUCUUUUUGUAUCAAUUUGAAGGUAAUUUUCGGUGUCUCCAUCUAACGCUUAAUUGUAUCGAAGUACAACAAUAGUGUUGAAGAGCGCACAAUCAUCUUUUAUCAUCUUUGGAUGAUAAGAGAGACUCUCUUUUUUCUGGAAAGUUGUUCAUUCAUUUGGCUACUUUAUUUGAUGUUAAUUGAAAGAUGAGCUGAGUUACACUUCUGAGAUGUUCAUUAUACUUAUUAAUCCGUUUAAUAGUAUUGCUUUUUUUGUAAAAUUAUUGUUACUUUUGUUAUUGUGUUUACCCUUCAACUCAAUUAAUUGUAUAAAAAUAGUGAAUCUUCAGGAAUCAAUUAGUGAACUCGAAGAUUAUGUUAAAAACUUGACUGCUCAACUACGAGAAACUGAAUUGCGUUUAUCUAAAGUCGAAGAUGAUUGUGAUACAUGUAAAUGUAUAAAUGGUUCAAUUGAUUGUAAGCGAGUCAAGUGUCCAUCACUCAAUUGUAAAUCAUCGUAUUAUUUAAAUGAUAAAGAUUGUUGUCCAGUUUGUCAUAAGAAGUGCUUAAAGGAUGGUAAAUACAUUGAACAUGGUGAUGUUUAUAUUAAAGAUUGUGUUAAAUGUGUUUGUGAAAGUGGAUCAUUAAGAUGCAAAAGGAUUAAUCCAUCGACUUAUUGUCCACCAUUGAAUUGUCCAGUUGAUAAACAAUUUAAAAAAGAUGGUGAAUGUUGUAAAUAUUGUUUAGAUUAUGAUUUUUGUGGCCAAGGACAUGAUUGUCAUCCAAAUGCAAGUUGUCACAAUUUAAAGACUGAAUAUACAUGUAAAUGUAAAUCAGGUUUUUGGGGAAAUGGUAAAGAUUGUCAUGAUGUUAAUGAAUGCCUUGAACUUGGUGGUAUCAAUGGUCAUUUAUGUCGAGAUAAUUCAAAGUGUGUUAAUACAAAUGGAUCUUAUUAUUGUCAAUGUUUACCUGGAUUUAAGAGAAGAGACUCACUCAAUUGCAUCGAUAUAAAUGAAUGUGAAUCUGGUGGGAAUCAUAAAUGCAAUGAAAAUGCAGCCUGUAUAAAUACUGAAGGAAGUUAUUAUUGUAAAUGUUUACCAGGAUAUACUGGAAAUGGAACUCAUUGUAAUCCAAUUUGCAAUAAAAAAUGUGCCAAUGGAGGUAAAUGUAUUGGACCAGAUAAAUGUUCAUGUAGAAGAGGAUUUUAUGGAAAUUAUUGUGAAAAAGAUAUUGAUGAGUGUUCAUUGAAUAUUCAUCAUUGUCCAGUGAACUCUGAAUGUAUUAACAAACCUGGUUGGUAUUACUGUCAAUGUUUGUCUGGUUAUACAAGUUUAAUUGAAAGAAACGAUUCCAACUAUCAAUUGAAAUGUAUUGAUUUGGAUGAAUGCAAUGAAGGAAUAGAUACUUGUGAUGAAAACACAAUUUGUGUUAAUACCGAAGGCAGUUAUAGAUGUGAUUGUCCAUCAACUAUUUCGUCGUCAUCCCAAUCACAAUUACAAUCACUAUCUUCGUUGUCUUCAUCAUCAUCAUCGUCUUCCUGUUCGCAAGACUGUGUCUAUCUCGGCCAAAGACGUUCACAUAAUGAAACAUGGGAAUCAGAAAUUGAUUCAUGUUCUCAAUGUUCCUGUUCUUCAGCGUUACUAAUUGUUCAAAAUUAG